AUGAAACUAACUUUUGCUAUUUUCACCAUCUUCUCAACUGUUAACGCGUUAUUCAAUAUUAUUGGAAGUGAUCAAUCUGUAACUGUGACUGGAAGAUUAAUUUGUGAUGGACAACCAGCAAGUAAUGUACUUGUAAAAAUGUAUGAAGAUGGAACAAGUAAGUUUAUUUUUUUUGUAAUUUAAAAAUCUCAAAUAUUCCCGCUACAGUUUACGACACAAAAAUGGACUCAACAAGAUCAUCAAAUGAUGGAACAUUCCGUGUAACUGGAUCUUAUACAAAAAUCUUCACAAUGGAUCCAAAAGUCAAUAUUUAUCACAAAUGCAAUUAUAAUGGACUUUGUGAUAAAAAAUUGACAAUCAAUAUUCCAAGUAAUGCAGUAACUUCAAGUUCUUCAAAUAGUCGAAAUUAUGAUAUUGGAACACUUAAUUUGGCUAACCAAUUUAGUGGAGAAACUACGGAUUGUAUUCAUUAA